AUGACCUCAAAGGACGAACUCGGUGCUUGGAAGCUUCAGUUCGAUAAUUCACCUGGCUUCAGAGUUGCUCCCGCCCUGCGUUCAGUCGAUGCAAGGAAGAAUCCUCAUGGCAUGAUUAUGGACAUCUCUGAAACACAAGAGAGUUUCCGUGGUCAUCAGAUACAACCUGAAGUUGACCUUGCCAUGAUGAAAGGAUGGCUGAACUUCUGUAACAAUAAUCACAGGGCUUUGUGCAACCAGAAGUUCGAUCUGCAAGUUCCCGCAGAAUUCCAUGUCAUCGAUUGCACAACGCGCAAGAUCAUUCUCUGGAAGCACAUUACCGGCCACAAGCAAUAUGUAACCCUUAGCUAUGUCUGGGGUAGGCCAGAUCAAGAUGUCAUAUUCCAAAAGGGUGUGAUUCCAGAAUGUGUACCUCGCACGAUCGAAGACACCCUUCUUUUGACGACAAAACUCGGUUAUCGUUAUCUUUGGAUAGACCGUUACUGUAUUGUUCAGGAAGACAACAUGAGCAGGCAAACACAAAUACAGAGUAUGGAUAUUAUCUACCAGCAAUCCGUACUCACGGUGGUUGCAGCGGCGGGCAUUGACCCUGAUUACGGGUUACCUGGAGUUGGUGCAGUGCUAAGGGAACGCCAACCGACAGUAGAAAUCGGUAACAGAACUCUCGUGUAUGCGCCAUUCGUGAAGGAGGAGAUAUUAUCUUCGAAGUGGAAUAGUCGAGGCUGGACUUAUCAAGAAGGGCUGCUCGCCCGACGGAGACUUGUGUUCACGACUACUCAGGUGUAUUUCCAAUGUAAUGCCAUGCAUUGCCUAGAGAGCGUACACGGACCAUUGGAGACUUUGCAUACACAUAAGAAUGUUCGAAUGCGGGAUGGCAUCGAUGUCUCCCGAGUCUUCCCUCUUCGAGGACUCGGGAAAAGCCCGUACGAUCUCGAAGAACGUAUCAACGAAUACUUGACAAGGUCUCUUACAAACGAGAACGACAUUCAAGAUGCCAUCAAGGGUGUCUUAGCUGCAUUUGAACGGAAAUUUCCGGGAAAGAUUCAGUUUCUCUGCGGGAUCCCAAUGAUCUACAAUGAGCCGCUCUCGAGUGAAUCUGACCACUUUGUGCUGGGUCUAUCCUGGGAUGCUAAACAUGUCUCAGAAGAUGACCCUAUCAUGGCGCGGCGCACGAAGUUCCCAAGCUGGACAUGGCUAGGAUGGAACAUGCGUGGAGUUAACUUCCGCUCUAAACUACCACGCUCCCUUGAAUCUCCUGGUCAUAGGACAGUCGCGCGUGUCAACAUGGAAUAUUCCGACGGAACUGUGCUCUCAUGGAGUGAAGAUAAGAGCAGGAUACACGAUCGAGAGAAUUUGGGAUCAACGCCCGUAUUCCUUCACUUACAUGGACCCGCUUUUGACGUACAUAUAUCGGAGAGCGGCUGCGUCACAGGUGAUGGUGAAGGUCGUGCUAUUGAGCAGAUCAAAACUAUUUGUCCUGGACUAAAUGGUGAACUUGUUCAACGGAUACGAACUGCAUAUCCUCCAAAGCAGAAAGCCAAUUUUUCGCUCAAAGUCACGCUGUUGAUCCCAUAUCAAUGGGAUGACGAUAUACAUAUCCUGGUGUUGUACCAACCGGAAGGCUUUUCGUACUUCGAGCGCGUCGACUCAAUCUUUUUCGAAGUCGCAUUCCAUUCAAUGGUUCACUACCAAUCCUUUGAAAAGAAGUUCAUCCCAGACACACUGAUGAACUGGACGCCACGGGAUGUUCGGAUAGGAUAA